AUGGCGAUCGAAGACAAGGUCAUGAUGCACGACGUGCAGCCGGGUUCUCCCGCUGACUCUGAGCUGGGAGAGACGAAGGGUGUUGUCGUCGACGAGAAAGCAGAUGUCGGCUUGAAGUUCCUUGCGCAGACCGGACCGGUGGAGUAUACCAAUGAAGAAGUCAAGCAAGUGCGCUGGAAGAUCGAUUUGUUCUUCCUUCCAAUCCUCUGUAUCACUUUCGGGCUCCAGUACCUGGACAAGGUGACUGUCAGCUACGCCGCCAUCUGGGGACUCAAAACCGAUCUCGGCCUUGUCGGCCAAGAGUACUCCUGGACUGCCUCGAUCUUCUACUUUGGCUACUUGGUAGCCGAGGCUCCUGCGUCGUAUUUGCUGGCACGCUUCUCUACUCGGAAGUUUGCCGGCAUCAGCGUGUUUAUCUGGGGCGUCAUGGUCAUCUGCUGUGCGGCAGCCCAGAACUUUGCUAGCAUAAUGGUUUUACGCUUCUUGAUGGGUAUUUUCGAAGCUGGCAUUGGACCAUGCUGGAUCGCUUUGACUGGGUCGUUCUACCAUAAAGAUGAGCAAGGAGCACGUAUGACGGCGUGGUACUCAUUUGUUGGCCUCGCAGCCAUCGUCGGUGGUCUGCUGUCAUACGGUGUUGGGCACAUCGACAGCCAUCUAUCGCAGUGGCGCUACGUCUUCAUCAUAUGCGGCUCCCUCACGCUCGCGUGGUCGCUCGUUAUCUACUUCUUCCUGCCCUCAGAUCCCACCGAGGCUCGGUUCCUCACGCCACGGCAGCGCGUGAUUGCUGUCGAGCGGCUCCGUGCUAACCGCACUGGCUUACGCUCCUCGCAGUUCAAAUGGAGUCAAGCUCUCCAAGCACUCACGGAUCCACAAUGCUGGAUGAUCGCGCUCUGGAGCGGAAUCAGCCAAAUCACAAAUAUCGCAGGCUCGUUCUUGCCGCUGAUCAUCAAGGACAUGGGGUACACGGGACUGACCACCACCCUGCUCACGCUGCCUGUCGGUGGCAUCGAGAUAGUGGCCAUGCUGGUAGCCGGCGUGCUGUCGAGUAACGUCAAGAACGGACGCACGGUCAUCAUGUUCUUCGUCGCUGCUCCAACCCUCGCCGGCAUUGUGAUGUUGGAUCAACUUUCACAGGACUCCAAGUGGGCGCGUACGGCGGCCGUGUGGCUUGUCCUAUGCGUUCCGGCCAGUUACGCGGUUCUGUUCAGCUUGAUCACAAGUAACGUCGCCGGAUAUUCGAAGAAGCUGACCUGCUCUGCCAUGUCCUUUAUCCUGUGGUGCGUUGGCAACAUUGUCAGCCCGCAGCUGUUCAAGGCUGGCGAGGCACCCCGCUAUCAGACCGGCACUCGCGGUAUGCUGGUUGCCAUCGUCCUGGUCGAGGCCAUCACGAUCGGCCUGGGUGUCUACUACUAUCUUGUCAACAAAGCUCGCGACAGGGCCGCGGCUGCACUUGUUCAGGAUGAUCGGGUGGCGGAUGUCGAGAAUGAGGAGUUCUUGGAUCGCACAGACAAAGAGGACUGGGUCAAGUUUCGUUAUAGUUGGUAG